UAGAAAAAAAUUGUACGACGCCUGAGUGUUUUUUGUUUUUUCAAACAUAGAGGCCAUUCGUCCGGCUAGUUAGCUUUAAGCUAACACCUUGUCGCUAAUAUCAAUGUCCGGGUUUGCUUUGUCACCGUUUUUUUCCUCUUGUCACAGUCUGUAUUGAUUUUUGCUUGAUGUCUGCUCAUGUUUAUUUUGGCAGAUCCGCGGGGGUUUUUACUUUGAAGCUGUUGGCUCUCGGUCUUCAGGAUGUACGGAUCUCCUCGGGUGCUGUUGCAGGUGCUGUGGGCCCAGCUGCUCUGUGGAUGGGUGUUGGGCUCUGAGCUAACUUUUGAGCUACCCGACAAUGCUAAGCAGUGUUUCUACGAGGACAUCAUUAUUGGUACCAAGUGUACACUGGAGUUUCAGGUGGUGACUGGUGGCCAUUAUGAUGUGGACUGUCGUCUGGAAGACCCAGACGGCACUACACUCUACAAGGAGAUGAAGAAACAAUAUGACAGUUUCACAUUCACAGCAGCCAAAAAUGGCACCUACAAGUUCUGCUUCAGCAAUGAAUUCUCCACCUUCACACACAAGACAGUUUACUUUGACUUUCAAGUUGGCGAUGAUCCCCCACUCUUCCCUAACGAGAACAGAGUCACUGCUCUCACCCAGAUGGAAUCAGCCUGUGUGUCCAUCCACGAGGCCCUGAAGUCGGUCAUUGACUACCAGACACACUUCCGCCUCCGUGAGGCCCAAGGUCGCAGUCGGGCAGAGGACCUCAACACCCGUGUGGCAUUCUGGUCCAUUGGGGAGGCCAUAAUCCUUCUGGUUGUCAGCAUCAGCCAGGUUGUCCUGCUGAGAAGUUUCUUCUCUGACAAGAAGACAACUACAACACGUGUCGGAUCGUAACAAUCUUCAAACCCUUGGAUCUGAUUCAUCACUCUCUUCAUCUGUACCUGGACUCAUGUGCAUAUGGUGGUUAGAAUAGUAGUGCUGCUCUGAAUUUGGAUCAUAUCAAUCUGCCAGGUUUUACAGUCUGACAUGCCAUCUUCAUGCAGCACGGCUGUUCUUAACAACUUUAUGCAUAUGAGUUUAGGAGCUUGAAGUGUUACUUGUAACUAUUUGUAUUUAUGGCAGUUUAAGGAGCUAGUCAUGUAGUUCAAGUAAACUUCAGGUACUUAAAAUAUAAUUUGUUAAGAUCCAGAUCAGAUAUACUUUAUUUGUCCCGUUGAGGGAAAUGGGUUCCUCUUACUGUGUUUUUAUUCUUAAUGUCCUUUUUUUUUCUUCUUUUUUUUGCCCAGUUCUGCCCCAGUCAUCUCAUACCUACUGUCACUGAUCUAUUAUCCGUUCUACAGUCAUACAAUGCACUGAAACAACCGAGAGAGUUGAAACUAAGAAUUUAAGGGUGCUUUAAGAAAAAGAUAUAUUUUUCUUAUGAGCUUAGUAUUGGUUAUCAGUAAAUGAACCUGACAAGACAAAAAGCAUGUCCCCUCACAGGUUGCAUUGGGUUAUAAAAAAAAUGUCUUGUAUAUUUUCUUGUUGUGUUUAUUAAACCUAAUCUGCAUUAUGUGGGAGGCUAAACAUCAUUAGCUUCAUAUGCUAUCGAUAAACUGUCAGAGAGAAAAUGCGUUGCAGAGAGAAAGUAAACUUUAAUCUAGUAUGAGCUCAGACCUGUUGUAGAAAUCUUUGUAUUUGGUUUAAAGGAUUGAACAUGUAAAUACAGAUGGGCUCUCUGGACAACAUCCAGAUCCAGUAUCAUAUUUUUUAAUGUGUAAGUCUUGCGGGUUUUCAGAUCUCAUUAAAGUCACUAUUUGACCACACGUAGGUCAAGUAUCUCUUUAAAAUGUCCCCUAUUACAUUUAUGUGACUGAUGGAAAAAAAAACACAUUGUUCUGUUUGAAAAAUCUACAUUUUUGCCAACUGUGUAAGUGCACAGGCUUGUUACAAAAAUCUGUAUUUGCUUCCCUACAACAUUGCAUCUGUCUUUGCUAUUCACUACCUAAUGCCAUAGAAAUUUCAUUGGUUCAUACUGGUUUUAUACUGCGCUGUUUUGCUAUGUGAGAACCUGUUUUGUAAUUUUGAAUUGCAAGUUUCCCAGACAGCUGAAACAUUACCUUAGAAAAACACAAAGGAAGAAAAAUGUUGACAGCCUCUGCAGAAUGGCCUUGAAUAUUUUCAAAAUUACUACUUUAAUUUUUUUCAAAGGACCUGGAAGAAGCACUCCAUAAAGUCAGACUUAAAUUGGGUAAUGUCACUCCAUUCAGGAAAGACAAAACACAGUUCCCUCUGUGUUCAUGGAUUUUCUUGUUUGCUCAAACUCUAUCAUAAAUAUGACGGACAUUGGUAUCCUGCAGCACACAACACAAUAAUUCAAGUGGCUGUCUUUAUGUGCUUCUUUCCAUAACUCGAUGUGAGAGACCAAAAUGAUGCAUAUUGACUGUAUAGUUUGGCAGAUGUUUACAAAUAUUUUAAAGCUACAUUAAUAAUGUUAAUUUUUUCCAAUAUUUUGUUUUGGGUGGGCUUUUUUCUGUACAAUGUUUUCCCCAUCAUAUGUUUAUUGGUUGUGCAUUGUUGGCAUUUCUCUUUUACUUUAUGCACUGUCAGGUUUUUUGGUCACUCAGUCAGGUCUGAGGCGCUCUGGGAACUUGUUAAGUUAUUGGGAUGGCUGAAUAAAAUUUGUGUUUAAAUGUC